AUGGAGAUCCUUGAAUGCUCCGAAGACUUCGGAGGUCCGAUGGAGGACUUUGUAUUCCAAAGGACCAUCAUAGUCUACAAGACAGGUGGCACAAUCUACCGGGCAUAUUCCCGAAGACGAUUUGCCGAGCCCCAAGACAUUCAACUCAGCGAUCUGUACGGCACCAACAGGAUCCAAAGUGCACACGUUUCCCCCGAAUUCCAGGACUCCUUCACCAGAGCAGAAGAUCCACCGCCACGCCACUCAAACUGGUUCCUGAAAAAGCCGAGUCUGUCAACAUAUAAUCCUAGAUAUCCAACCGCCAUCAAGGAGACAUGGAUUGAAGAAGUGAAGACCUGCGAGCUAUUGAAGAACAACCCACACCCGAAUGUCUCUCAGUACCACGGGUGUGCAGUGAUGGAAAAUGGCCGAAUCAGAGGCAUCUAUUUUACGAGCUACGAUGAGACACUCAUGGAACACGUAAACCCCCUCAGACGCAGCAAAUUGGACUUUGCCUACCAGAGGCGCGGGGCCGAUCCGGAACAGGUCGAAGGCUGGACGGAGCAGAUUGAACGAGGUAUUCGCCAUCUUCACAGCUUGGGCAUUGUGCAUAACGAUCUGAAUCCAUGCAAUAUCAUGUUUCAGGGCAAUGACCCCGUAAUUAUCGAUUUUGAUUCUGCCCGCUCUAUGGGCCAUCAUCUGAGCUUUGUCAAACGCACAUAUGGCUGGUAUGAUGGUAAGGUUCAAGAGGCAUUGCCAAGCAAUGAUCUAGAUGCCUUGCAAGAAAUCAAGUCGUGGCUCUUGGGAGAUGUUCAUCGGUUUCUGUUUUGA